AUAAAGGAGGUCUAUAGACCGUAGGUCUUGCUGUGAGAGGACAGGUUAUAUAAGUCUUCAUAUACACGUAUAAAGGAGGUCUGUAGACCGUAGGUCUUGCUGUGAGAGGACAGGUUAUAUAAGUCUUCAUAUACACGUAUAAAGGAGGUCUGUAGACCGUAGAUCUUGCUGUGAGAGGACAGGUUAUAUAAGUCUUCAUAUACACAUAUAAAGGAGGUCUAUAGACCAUAGGUCUUGCUGUGAGAGGACAGGUUAUAUAAGUCUUCAUAUACACAUAUAAAGGAGGUCUAUAGACCAUAGGUCUUGCUGUGAGAGGACAGGUUAUAUAAGUCUUCAUAUACACAUAUAAAGGAGGUCUAUAGACCGUAGGUCUUGCUGUGAGAGGACAGGUUAUAUAAGUCUUCAUAUGCAUAUAAAGGAGGUCUAUAGACCGUAGGUCUUGCUGUGAGAGGACAGGUUAUAUAAGUCUUCAUAUACACAUAUAAAGGAGGUCUAUAGACUGUAGGUCUUGCUGUGAGAGGACAGGUUAUAUAAGUCUUCAUACACACGUAUAAAGGAGGUCUGUAGACCGUAGGUCUUGCUGUGAGAGGGUAAGCAGGUCUCAGGCCCCUCCCUGCCCCAGGAAGCCGUUUCCGUUGCGUGAGACGCCGCGUUUCUCGUGUUAAAUUCUCUCUUUCUCCCGCCGGUGCAGACCAGCGCCACGAUGAGCUGCACACACUGCAUCUUAAUCCCCUUCACCAUCGCCUUGGCCUCCCUGACACUGGGUGAGAAGAAGAAUUGUGAUUAUUAUCCUCUUGGAGGGUCAGUCAACUUUAAACUGGAAUAUCAAGGCCUGUCAAAAGACGAAAACUUAAUUUGGAGAAAGGAUGAAGAGAUUAUAUUUGAGAGGAAAAGAGGCAAUAUAAAGCCAGGAAAAGAGACAGAUAUCACUCCUGGUGGCGAUUUGAAGCUGAAUAAUCUACAAGCCUCACAUGAUGGAAAAUACCAAGGACAGGUAUUUGACAACCAAGGAAAAUCACAUAAAAACAGUGCAAAAAAAAUCUGUGUCAUUGAAAGAGUGACUAAGCCCACGGUUCAGCUGGACUGUAAGACGACCACUCUGACCUGCAAAGUUGAGCGAAAUCCAACAGAUCUAACCUUCAGCUGGCAGGGGGAUAAAAACAAACUGCCGCAUGAUAGCAGUAAAAUUCAGUUCAAAUCCGGACAGCCCAGGAAGUAUUCCUGUUCAGUAAAGAACCCAGUCAGCAAUGCAACGAGUGAUGAAAUUGAAAUUAACUGUGAAGAUAAAAAAUCUGCAGACAAAGUCACGUUCCUUGGCACCGGCUUCGACUUCUGGUUGGAAAUUUUGAUAUUAGCAGGCGGAGGAAUUCUUCUGGUCAUCCUGGUUGUGGUCGUUGUGGUUUGCGUCUGCAGAAGACGACGACACAGGCUACAACUGCUUCGCGAUGAGGAAGAGUUCCGGUUGACCAAUCUGACUCACAGCCAGCAGCCCCACUCACAUGGCCACCACAGUCACCAGGCUCCGCCCCAAAAGACCCAGGCUCCACCCCAAAUGACCCACGCUGGGCAGUACGGACACCCCCACUCAGAUGCCCAUCCCCCCGCCCUGCCCAAACCUAGGGGUCAGAGCCGGCCAAGGCCCGCACACCCCCCAGGCCCCGCCCACGGCCAAGAGGAUCUGCCCCCAAGACCCAAACCCAGAAAGGGGCCCCGCCCACCACGGUCCUAAAAGUCCAGAACCAUUUAACCCCAUCCCGGCAGAACCUCCUCCACUAACACAUCUACCAUCCCCCACAGAACCUCCUCCACAAACACAUCUACCAACCCCCACAGAACCUCCUCCACAAACACAUCUACCAUCCCCCACAGAACCUCCUCCACAAACACAUCUACCAUCCCCCAAUCCCCCACAGAACCACCUCCACAAACACAUCUACCAUCCCCACAGAACCUCCUCCACAAACACAUCUACCAACCCCCACAGAACCUCCUCCACAAACACAUCUACCAUCCCGGCAGAACCUCCUCCACAAACACACCUACCAUCCCCCAAUCCCCCACAGAACCUCCUCCACAAACACAUCUACUAUCCCGGCAGAACCUCCUCCACAAACACACCUACCAUCCCCCAAUCCCCCACAGAGCCCCCUCCACAAACACAUCUACCAUCCCGGCAGAAACUCCUCCACUAACACACCUACCAUCCCUCAAUCCCCCACAGAACCUCCUCCACUAACACAUCUACCAUCCCCCAAUCCCCCACAGAACCUCCUCCACAAACACACCUACCAUCCCCCAAUCCCCCACAGAACCUAAUCCACUAACACAUCUACCAUCCCGGCAGAACCUCCUCCACAAACACAUCUACCAACCCCCGCAGAACCUCCUCCACAAACACAUCUACCAUCCCCCAAUCCCCCACAGAACCUCCUCCACUAACACAUCUACCAUCCCGGCAGAACCUCCUCCACUAACACAUCUACCAACCCCCACAGAACCUCCUCCACUAACACAUCUACCAACCCGCACAGAACCUCCUCCACAAACACAUCUACCAUCCCCCACAGAACCUCCUCCACAAACACAUCUACCAUCCCCCACAGAACCUCCUCCACUAACACAUCUACCAUCCCGGCAGAACCUCCUCCACUAACACAUCUACCAACCCCCACAGAACCUCCUCCACUAACACAUCUACCAUCCCCGCAGAACCUCCUCCACAAACACAUCUACCAUCCCCCAAUCCCCCACAGAACCUCCUCCACUAACACAUCUACCAUCCCGGCAGAACCUCCUCCACAAAUACAUCUACCAACCCGCACAGAACCUCCUCCACAAACACAUCUACCAUCCCCCAAUCCCCCACAGAACCUCCUCCACUAACACAUCUACCAUCCCCCACAGAACCUCCUCCACAAACACAUCUACCAACCCCCGCAGAA